AUGCCUAGACCGGCUUUGUUACCCGUGCAUCACCCUCUGGCCUGUUCAUCACCAACAGACGGACGUCAGAUCAAAUUGAAGACUCCAACGGAGCACUCUUCUUUGGCCAACCCUCAAAGCGCUGAUGACAAGGUACAUUUUCUGUUCGAACGACAAAGACUCGUAUCCCUUCUCGACGAAUACGCGUAUGUCCUGGAUGCAUGCAUGGUCCACCAUGCUGCAGCACAAACCUGGGCAGGGCUCUUUACGGAUGAUUGUAUCGUGACAUUUCCAUUUGGAACACACUAUGGCACCAAGGGUCUUGCUGAUUGGUGCCUUGGUGCGGAAACGAGGUUUAGUAGAAUGCUGCACAUGUCGUCUAACAUGACAAUGACAUUCGAAAGCGACACAGUCGCCCACGGUCGGUCUGCAUUAUUUGCCAUUUGUGGGGUACAUUCGGACGACAUCGACAAGAACUUUUCCGAAGGGGGCUACUAUUACUGGAGCUUUCGAAAAGUUGGCGAGACCUGGAAAAUCUCUUACCUCUUUUUGGAUGUGAUGUGGGAGAAUGGCGACUCUUUGGGCCUCAAUGAGCCAGGUGCAGCAAACACAAGAGUGGAGGCUGGUCUUGAAAGGCACCUGUGA